AUGACAGACCUGGUUCGGCCGGAGGGCAAACUCCCCACCAAGGAUGAGCUCGAAGACCACAGUAUCCUGUCGCGGAUGGCCCGUUUCCGCAAGAAUCCGUUCAACUUUGCCCACGAGAUCUCGCUCUUCGUACGCGGUGUCGGAUGGCGAGGAUACAAUCAUGUCAUCGGACAACCAGCCUUCUACCCGGGCUACACCGCCAACGUCAAGUCUGCAGUCAUGGCUUCUCCGAUCCUGCGACGAAAGAUCAUCGAGCUGACCGAGGCCCGCUUGAAAGUGGAAGAGGAGGAAUAUCUUCUUGGUAGGGAUACUUCGACGUACUUGAAAGAGAGGGAGAAGCGCAGGCAUGAGAUCACGUCGCAGUUGAUCGAGAUCACUGGAGACAUGGUCGACAACACGAUGUGCAAGAUGGAGAGCAAACCCUACCUCCGAACCGCCUUCUACGUGGUCACCCAGCUGCUCACUAGAGCUUACAGCGCGAUUCAUGUCUCCGAAGCCGAGGUGAAGAGGUUGCGAGAGGUUGCGGCUCAAGCUGCAGCGAGGAACCAAUCCAUCAUAUUCCUACCGCGACACACCAGCCAUAUCGAUUAUGUCACCCUGCACUUGGUGUGCUAUCGCCUUGGCCUGACCUUGCCUGUCGUCGUGGCUGGCGACAACCUGAACUUUCCUCUUGUCGGCAGCUUCCUGCAAAGCGUGGGGGCAAUGUGGAUCAGGCGUAGUUUCGACAACGAUCAGCUGUACACGACUCUUGUCCAGGCCUACCUGGAUACGCUUCUCCAGAAAGGUUACAACCUAGAAUGCUUCAUCGAAGGGACCAGGAGCCGGACGGGGAAAUUGUUGCAACCUCGCUUUGGGAUUUUGAGCUUUCUACUCGAUUCCGUCCUCUCAGGCCGGACAGAGGAUGCUUACAUAUGUCCAGUGUCGUUGCAGUACGACAAGGUCAUUGAAGUUGAUUCAUAUGUGAGCGAGUUGUUGGGGAAGCCCAAAGAAAAGGAAAACCUAGGUGCCUUCCUUUCCUCGUCCAAGGUCUUGUCCCUUAACCUGGGUAGAAUCGACUGCAGGUUUCACGAGCCAUGGAGCCUGAAAGAAUUCAUUGAGGAACAGCAACGACGCGAAGAUUCGCCAGUGCCAACUUCGGCCGAAUCGACCGACCCUGCAACCAGGGUCCGGUUAUUGCGCACUCUGGGAUACAAGGUUCUUUCCGACAUCAAUGCGGCCUCUGUUAUCAUGCCGACUGCCUUGGUCGGCACAGUUCUCCUCACUCUCCGGGGCCGUGGUGUGGGCAAAUCAGAGCUGAUACGCCGGGUCGAUUGGCUGUGCGCAAGGACUCGGGCCAACGGAGGCAAAGUGGCAGAUUUCCACGGAAUGCCAACUUCGUAUGUGGUCGAACGAGCUCUCGAGGUUCUGGGCCCGAAGCUGGUCGGUACAGUGGAGGGUCUAGCUGAAGACACGUACUACGCCGUGGAUCGUUUCCAACUAUCAUUCUACCGAAACAUGACCAUCCACCUGUUUAUCUCCGAGGCUCUCAUCGCUGCGGCCUUGUACACCAAGGUCAAACAGGGUGGCGGCAGCGCGAAUCAACGGGUGGCAGACACCGAGUUGACUCAAAAGGUCACGUUUUUAUCCCAGCUAUUCCGUGGAGAGUUCAUUUUCCCAGCAGGACAGGGUCUAAGGCACAACCUCGAGAAUGCCUUGCAAGGCUUACUGCACGACAAUGUGCUCCAGGCAACAGAGGACAGCGGUGAACGAUGGAUUGGCUUGUCGGACGCCGAGCGAAAACUCGGACGAGAGAAUUUCGAUUUCUAUUGCUUUUUGAUCUGGCCUUUCGUGGAUGGCGCCUGGCUUGGUGCUGUAUCUUUGCUGGUGUUGGUGCCACCGGCGGAUUCGUCAACUGCUUGGAUCGACAUGCCAAAGGCUCAGAGUACCGCUCAACUUGUCGGACGGACCCUAUACCAUCAAGGCGACCUCUCGUAUUACGAGGCCAUCAACAAAGAGUCCCUCAAGAACGCCUACAGCCGGUUCCAAGAAGAAGGCAUUAUCCUUGUGGCCAAAGGCAAAGAUUCGAAAAGCCCGAGUAUGGUCCGGCUCGCUCCUGACUGGAUGCCGGAACGAGAUCCGACCACAGGGGAGUUGAGAGUAUCUGGGCGCCUGUGGGACUUCAUCGAGGCGAUUGCAUUGCACCGAAGAGAGGGCAAGAACCGAAGGGACGGUGCAGCAGUUUCGAUUCGGGUGCUAUCGCUAACCGCCAGACUGAACAAAGAGAUGUUCGAGAAUACUGAAGUGUCCUUGGUCGAAGCGGCGCAGGUGGCAGUUAAAGACGGGAGACGACGGUCCAGAUUAUGA